AUGGCGGGCCUCCGCCUCGCCGGGCCGUCUGUCUUCCUCCGCCGGGACUUGUCGUCCUCCGUGUUCGACAACGGGUUCAUCGAGAAGCGGCAGCUAUUCCUCCGCAGCUACCAGUUCACCCGCAAGCGCUCCUCCGCCGCCAGGAUCGGUGACUCCGUUCUCCGCGCGCGUCGCCUCGUCUGGGUCAAGCUCCGCGCCGUCCGCCGCUUUCUCUGGCUCCAUCUCCGCCGCCUCUUCACCGCCGGCUGCCGCCGCCACCGGCGUUUCCACCGCAUGCACACGCCGCCCCCCCGGUCCCGCUCCGCCGCCGCCUCCUCCAUCUGGAGGCUACGGUGCUGUCCCUGA